CUGAGGAGCGGAUGAAGAAACAAAUUUUGCUCUUAUUCACAUUCAGAGGGAUAGUGAGAAAAGGCAAAAAGGGGAAAAAAAGAAAAUGGCCAAUUUCAUAUUACGGAAGGCCCAACCAAACGACGUUUGUGAUAUCUUGCGACUCAUAAAGGAACUUGCGAAAUUUGAAGAGAUGGAGGAACAGGUCAUCCUGACCGAGAAAGAGCUACUUGAAGAUGGCUUUGGGGAUCAUCCAUUCUACCAUUGCUUGGUUGCUGAAGUGCCUAAAGAAAAAAAAACAUCUGAAGGGCACACUGUAAUUGCCUUUGCCAUGUACUACUUCACAUACGACCCUUGGAUUGGAAAGCUGCUCUAUUUGGAGGACUUCUUCGUAAUGCCAGAGUUUCGAGGUUUCGGUAUUGGCUCUGAGAUCCUGAAGGUCUUGAGUGAGACGGCGGUGAAGACUAGAUGCAGCAGCAUGCACUUCAUCGUGGCGGAAAACAACACAAAGUCUAUAGAGUUCUACAAGAGAAGAGGGGCAUCUGACCUUUCAUCUGAGGAAGGUUGGCGCCUGUUCGCCAUUGACAAGGAGGAGCUAAUGAAGAUGACCACUAAUUAAAAUGUUUAAUAAUUUUCUGUGACAGGUAACAAAAAGCAAUACAACUUACUGAUGAAAUUUGAACCAUAUUUUUGAUUAGCCUCAAUUUUGUGAGCUGUUAAAUUCAGUGCAGUAUUGAGAUAAUGGUCUCAAUUUCUUGUCUUUUUUUAAGGAGGUGUCAAUUGUAUAAUGUCUGUAAUAAAUCAACAUUUAAUUGUGACAUUGUAAUGCCAUUUUUAGGAGAUAUGUGUUAUCAAAAACAUUUAAAUGUGUAUAUAAUUUGUGUUUGAGUGUCAACUGUAAACCUCAACUAGCUGGAAAUGUGUGUGUGUGUGUAUAUUAUUGGAGUAAAUAGAGAAAGAACAGUAUGCAUUUUGACCACAAGUCAUCACUAGUAUUGGAUAUAUAGGCUCUGGUU